AUGAAGCCGGUUUACCAGAAGUCAUUGUUUGAGACAGAUGGUCCGAUUGAUGAGGACGCGCUGAAGCAGUUUGAGAAGGAGGUUAAAGAAAGAGUGAAGAUUGCGCGUAUGAUCAUUGUUGAGGCGAAAGAGAAUUAUGAUAAUCAGUUGAAGAUCCAGAAGUUGAAGGAUACAAUAUUUGCUGUUCAUGAGUCACUUGCGAAGGCAAAGAAGAAUGGGGCAAUGGCGAGCUUGAUUUCAGCCAGAUCGAUUCCCAAGAGCUUGCAUUGUUUGGCGAUGAGACUGAUGGGUGAGAAGAUUUCAAAUCCUGAGAAAUAUAGAGAUGAAUGGCCGAAGCCAGAGUUUGUAAGACUCCACUCCUUUAUCAUUAUGUGUAAUUCUCGGACAAUUAAUAGCUGUGUCUUGGUUGGUGAGAUCUGUUGUGAAGAAUGCAUUGGAACCUGGAAGGCAUGUUUUUCCAUGUUGUUGCAAACCAGGAUGAAUGUGGGGGCAAUGAAGGUUUGUGUUUAAGAUGAGCCUAUUGAAGGGCGUGCAUUUUGGAGGUGAAAAGCAGUUGAAGAAUUUGCAUUCUUAAACUCAUCAUAUGUCCCUAUCUUGAGGCAACUUGAGUCAGCAAAAAUGAAUCAGCCUGAAAAUGCAACAAAUGAUUCAAACAUGAAAAAUGCCAAGUCCCUGUCCAUGAUGGAUCACCUUCGAUUUUAUUUGCCAGAAAUGUACCCUAAAUUGUAUAAGAUCUUGCUUUUGGAUGAAGAUGUUGUAGUUCAGAAAGACUUGACAGGUUUGUGGAACAUUGACAUGGAGGGAAAGGUGAAUGGUGCUGUUGAGACCUGUUUUGGUUCUUUCCAUCGAUAUGCCCAUUACAUGAAUUUCUCUCAUCCUCUGAUCAAGGAGAAAUUCAAUCCAAAAGCUUGUGCUUGGGCCUAUGGCAUGAAUAUAUUCAAUCUCGAUGCUUGGAGGCGGGAAAAGUGUACAGAUACUUACCAGUAUUGGCAGAACUUGAAUGAAGAUCAAACUUUGUGGAAAGCAGGGAUUUUGCCACCAGGUUUGAUCACCUUCUACUCCACAACCAAGUCAUUGGACAAAUCCUGGCACGUGCUUGGCCUGGGUUACAAUCCCAGCAUUAGCAUGGAUGAGAUCAACAAAGCUGCAGUCAUUCAUUACAAUGGAAACAUGAAACCCUGGCUUGAUAUUGCUUUGAAUCAAUACAAAAAUCUGUGGACCAAAUACGUGGACAAUGAUAUGGAGUUUGUGCAGAUGUGCAAUUUUGGCCUAUAGUUGAGAUCAACUCCCAACUGUCAUCAUGAUAAAAGCUUUAGAUAACAUGUCAAAUGUUGUUUCACCAUAUUCUUUAGAAUCUAUGUCCAUGUUAAAUGUAGCCUGUCAGAGAAGUUGUGUUAUCACCAAGUAAAAUAUACUAGGCAAUAAUUUUGAUAGACUGUAUUUGGAAAUUUACACGAAGUAGCUUUUGCUUUUUCUUCUUCUGUAUUUUGGAGCAUAUUUAUCAUGUAUUGCUGAUGAUGGUAGUGUCACAAUUUAAAUUAACGAGAAGUCACUACUUUUCAUCUUUUAAACACAUCUACAUGUUAUUUUUUGUAGGUUUGU